UGGCGGCAAACUUUGAAUGCUUGUGAUGGCGCUUCUGUCGUCUCGUCUGUCGUGUCGGGCGUAUGGCGGCGAGCGGAUAGGAGCUGACAGGACUGUAGCUGUUCCGCUUUCGUCGAAAUUUGACAUCUUUUUGAAUUGGCGGUGCAGUGAUUAUUGAGCACCAUGGUGGCCAUCUGGAGGCUGCCGCUCAACGCAGCCAUCGCUCAGAAGAAAGGUGCCACAGCCCUUGCAAAUCGAGCCAUCAGUGUUUCUGUUAGGAGGCUCGACAAGCCAGCAUCCGCAGCUAAAGAUGUCGCCAAGCAAUCAGCAUCUGUGCCCGGCAUUCCUUAUUCAAAGCUUACAAUUGGCGUCCCCAAAGAAAUUUGGCCCAAGGAAAGAAGGGUUGCCUUGACGCCGGCAGUGGCUGCUACCCUGAUCAAGCAAGGAUUCAAUGUCCAGUUUGAAGCUGGAGCCGGAAGUGAAGCCAAGUUCCGUGAUGCUGACUAUGCCGCUGCUGGAGCGAAAAUUGUGGACCGUAAAUCGGCUUUUGACGCGGACUUGGUACUUAAGGUUCGUCAGCCGCUGAAAGAUGAGCUCUCCCUCAUUCGCCCUGGCUCCAAUUUGAUUUCCUUUAUGUAUCCUGGUCAAAACCAAGAUCUGGUCAAGCUACUGGCUGAAAAGAAAAUCACGCUUUUUGGCAUGGACUGCAUUCCUCGCAUCUCCAGAGCUCAGGUGUUUGAUGCCCUCAGCUCCAUGGCCAACAUUUCUGGCUACCGCGCAGUGAUCGAGGCUGCAAACAAUUUUGGCCGCUUCUUUACCGGUCAAAUUACCGCAGCUGGAAAAGUUCCUCCCGCUAAGAUUCUCGUUGUUGGUGGCGGUGUCGCUGGUCUCGCCGCCAUUGGUCAGGCUAAGUGUAUGGGUGCCAUCGUGAGGGCUUUUGACACCAGAGCAGCUGUGAAAGAACAAGUUGAGUCCAUGGGAGCGGAGUUUCUGACGAUUAAUAUCAAAGAGUCUGGUGAAGGCGGUGGUGGCUACGCCAAAGAAAUGUCUCCUGAAUUCAUCGCGGCAGAGCAUGCUCUUUUCGCAAAGCAGGCUGCGGAUGUGGAUGUCAUCAUCACCACUGCCCUCAUUCCUGGAAAGAAGGCGCCAUUGCUCAUCUUAAAGGAACAUAUCGAUAAAAUGCGUCCUGGAAGUGUUGUGGUUGACUUGGCAGCUGAAUCAGGAGGCAACAUCGAAACAACCAAGCCUGGAGAGGUCUACUCUUACAACGACGUGGUCCACGUUGGCCUCACUGACUUGCCCAGCAGGCUCCCGACACAAAGCUCAACCCUCUACGCGAACAAUAUUUCCAAGUUCCUCCUCUCCAUGGGUGAAAAGGGCCAUUUCAAUAUCGACCUGGAGGAUGAGGUUGUGCGCGGCAGCAUCAUUCUCAAGGAUGGCACUGUCAUGUGGCCACCCCCACCGCCCCCACCCCCCUCCCCUCAGCAGGUCGCGGCCUUGGCUACACCAAAACCUGCUGCACCUGCUGCCCCAGAACCACCCAGCCCCUUCACUGUGACACUGAAGGAUUCACUUGUCUACACAACAGGUCUUGGAAGUUUGAUCGGUUUGGGCGCGAUUUCGCCAAACCCUGCGUUCACGGCCAUGACUAGCACUUUCGCCCUUGCCGGUCUCUGCGGCUACCAUACUGUAUGGGGAGUCACCCCUGCACUGCACUCUCCCUUGAUGUCUGUGACAAACGCAAUUUCUGGCACUACUGCUGUUGGUGGUCUGCUCCUGAUGGGUGGAGGCCUCUACCCUCAGUCUUCAGUUCAAGCCCUGUCUGCUGCUGCUGCUUUUGUGAGCUGCAUCAACAUCUCUGGAGGAUUUUUGGUGACCAAGAGAAUGUUGGACAUGUUCAAGAGGCCUGAUGAUCCUCCAGAGUACAAUUACCUGUACGGCAUUCCUGCUGCUUUGUUCUUGGGUGGUUAUGGCGCGGGAGCCUUGUCUGGCAUUACUGAAAUGCACCAGAUGGCUUAUCUGGGCUCCUCUCUCUGCUGCGUUGGUGCCCUUGCUGGGUUGAGCUCGCAAAAGACCUCACGCCUUGGAAACACUCUUGGAAUGAUUGGUGUUUCUGGUGGCAUUGCAGCUACUCUAGGUCAGCUGGCUCCCUCAAAUGAAGUACUUGCCCAGAUGGCAGCUGUGUCUGGAGUUGGUGGACUUCUUGGCGCUAUCAUUGCCAAACGCAUCGAAAUCACCGACUUGCCUCAGCUGGUUGCUGCCUUCCACUCUCUGGUUGGCCUAGCUGCUGUGCUCACCUGCUUUGCUACUUACAUCCACGAUUUCCCCACUUUUGCUGAAGAUGCUGCAGCCAAUGUCACUAAAACUGCUCUCUUCCUCGGAACAUACAUUGGAGGUGUCACUUUCAGUGGAUCCCUGGUUGCUUACGGGAAACUGCAAGGCCUCCUGUCGUCUAGCCCACUUCUGCUUCCCGGCCGUCACGCCCUGAAUAUGGGUUUGUUGGCUGCUAACGGUGGCGCCAUGGCCUACUACUUCAUGGCCCCCUCGCUGACCGGCGGCCUCACCAUGCUGGGAGCCACCGCUGGCCUUUCUGCAACCAUGGGCGUCACACUCACCGCCGCCAUUGGUGGUGCUGACAUGCCGGUUGUGAUCACCGUACUGAAUUCUUACUCUGGAUGGGCACUUUGCGCGGAAGGCUUCAUGCUCAACAACAACUUGAUGACCAUUGUUGGCGCCCUGAUUGGCUCUUCUGGUGCUAUUCUGUCGUACAUCAUGUGCAAGGCCAUGAAUCGCUCUUUGCCCAACGUCAUUCUUGGCGGAUACGGAACCUCUGCAACUGGUGGGGGUAAGCCCAUGGAAAUCACUGGAACGCACACGGAGGUGAAUGUUGACAACUCUGUUGAGAUGAUUGCCAAUGCCAAGACUAUCGUCAUCACUCCAGGCUAUGGUCUCUGUGUUGCUAAAGCACAGUAUCCUUUGGCUGAAAUGGUGAAGAUUUUGCGAGAGAAGGGCAAAAAUGUCAAGUUCGCCAUCCACCCUGUGGCAGGUCGCAUGCCUGGCCAGUUGAACGUUCUGCUGGCUGAGGCUGGAGUUCCCUACGACAUUGUGCUUGAAAUGGACGAAAUCAACCCUGAAAUCCCGGAAACGGACCUGGUGCUUGUCAUCGGUGCCAAUGAUACCAUCAACUCUGCUGCUGAAGAUGAUCCAAACUCGAUUAUUGCCGGCAUGCCCGUCAUUCGCGUUUGGAAGGCUGACCAGGUUAUUGUCAUGAAGAGGUCCCUUGGUGUCGGCUACGCAGCAGUUGAUAACCCAGUGUUCUACAAACCAAACACCGCUAUGCUGUUAGGAGAUGCUAAGAAGACUUGCGAUGCUCUCCUAACAAAAGUUAAGGAAGUUUACCCUGAUUAAGAAGAACUUUUUUGAAAUCAUAAAAUUUACUUUUUUGUUUAAUAUUUUUUAAUUCAGUCAUUGUGCCAUUUUGACAACCACCUAAUUUCUACUAGACUGGUGUGUAAAUUUAAAAUUUACUUAAAAAGUAUUAUAGUUGUGCUUCAAAGGCGUACAAUUGAUUGGGACUGAUUUUUAACGGAUUUCAAAAUGGCAGGUUUUAAUCGCAUCUUUUGAACUUUUUAAUUUUAGUCAGUUGAUCAAUCAAUCAAACCGUGUGUCAUACAAUGCGCCAUCUAAACCUAAGCAGAGCAGAUAUUUACAGAAAAUCUAUAUUGGGUGGUCAAAGAGCCGAUAUAUUCCAUUUUAAUGGUAGAUUAGAAAUGUAUGCUGGUUGCAGCAAAAAACAAAGAAAUAAUUGUUGAUUUAAUCAAUGUACUAUGUGAACAGUACAAACAACAAUCAGGUGCAAUGGUGUUGUGCAUUUUGUUUUGAGGGAAAAUCUACCUACUUUGUAGAGCAUUUUGGACCCAAUUCCUCUAUAAAAAAUAAAGUGAAAAUCGCUUUAAAAUGUA